ACAACCGAUACCGAAUUAGCUAGGUUCUCGAAGAAAAUCAAUUUAGUACAAAGAGCCUUAAGAGAUUCUUACUUGAAUUUAUUCUUCAAAGGAGAUUUUAGCUUGACAAUUAUUUUUACUAAUCUUUUCUCCUUUGACAUGUUGAUGAUCGGUUCCUUGUUAUUGUUUGCUUAUACAUGCUCUAGUUUAUUGAUCACCUAUAUGUUGAAGUUAGGAGAAGACAAGGUUAAAAAUAUGCUGAGGAAUAAAAGUUAUGCUCGUACUUCUGUCACGCUACUGGACCAAGACGUUCUCGAAUGCCCUAUUUGCUGCGAGCCCCUCAAGAUUCCUAUUUAUCAGUGUACUAAUGGCCAUAUAGCUUGUACUUCGUGCUGGACAAAAGUGAAGUCCAUAUGCCCAUCCUGUCAACAAUCAGUUAGGAAACAAUUUCGAUGCAGAGCCAUGGAGAAAGUCAUUGAAGCAGCUAUUGUGCCGUGUCCAAAUGCCAAUUACGGGUGUAAAGAGAUUAAUAUCUCAUACACACAUCUCUCUAGUCAUGAGAAGCUGUGUCUAUUCGCAAAAUAUUCCUGCCCAGUGCGUAACUGCAACUAUACCGGCUCAUCCAAGGAUCUCUACAAUCACGUCUGUGCCAACCACACAUUCUAUGCUUACUUGGUGAAGAUCAGCAAUAUCUCAACAGCUCCAAUCUCUUCGGUCCUAUCAAUAUGUUGCCUCUUUGGACGACGAUAGACCUUUAGCUGAUGCAAGCGUGGUCUGUGACAAGAUUCUCAGAUCAAUGUAGCCUAUGCUCCCAAUGAUAUCAUGUAAAAAGCCCAAACCACACCAAUUACCAAUUUUUAAAUUUCACCCCAAAUUUUUUUAUCAGGAAUUCGUGUUCGAUUCAAU